UCCAAAUAAAUAGUGAAGAAGAAGCGAGAACUGAGUGAGACGCCGAAUUUCUCUGUCCUCUCUGCAGGUUGUGCUGAAGGUGUGCAGAGAUGCCAGGCAGCAGGUUGAUGAGAGCCAUCAGAGUGAGUGAGUUUGGAGCUCCGUCUGUCCUCAAGCUGUGUUCGGAUGUUCCUGUCCCUCAGCCGGGACGCAGACAGGUACUGAUUCAUGUCCGUGCCUGUGGAGUGAACCCCGUGGAAACGUACAUCCACUCUGGAUCUUACGCCCGGAAGCCCACUCUGCCAUAUACUCCAGGCUCUGAUGUCGCCGGAGUGGUGGAUGCUGUUGGAGAGGGAGUCACUGCAGUAAAGGCUGGGGAUCGGGUCUUCACCACUGCCACCGAGUCUGGAGGUUAUGCACAGUAUGCUGUUGCAGUUGACGACUGUGUUCACAAGCUGCCUGAUGCUUUAGACUUCACACAGGGAGCAGCCAUAGGCAUUCCUUACUUCACUGCCUACAGAGCCCUCGUUCACAAAGCUCAUGUCAAAGCUGGAGAAACGGUCCUCAUCCAUGGAGCCAGUGGAGGGGUGGGUGUGGCAGCAUGCCAGCUGUCCCGGGCUCUGGGCCUCAGGGUGCUGGGGACAGCGGGGACACCAGAAGGGAUGAAGUUGGCCCUCAGCAGUGGAGCACACUUGGUUUUUAAUCAUAGAGAGGAAGGAUACACUGACAAAAUCAUGAAGGCCACAGAAGGCUGGGGUGUGAAUGUGAUAGUGGAGAUGCUGUCCAAUGUCAACCUCAGCAAAGACCUCCAGCUGCUGGCGCAUGGAGGACGAGUGACGGUUGUUGGUUCAAGAGGCUCUAUAGAGAUCAACCCCAGAGACACCAUGGCUAAGGAGAGCAGCAUCGUCGGAGUGGCCCUAUUCUUCACCACACCGAGGGAGAAGAAGGAGUGUGCAUCGCUGCUCUUUGCAGGGAUGGAGGCCGGAUGGCUGCGGCCAGUUGUCGGCCCUCAGUACCCGCUGGAGAAGGCUGCCCAGGCCCACCGUGACAUCAUGGAGAGUCCCGGGGCAGCUGGGAAAAUUGUCCUGACUAUGUAACAUGAUGACCUUUAAGAAUAAGGGGUCAAUAUUUUCCUGUAAGAUUUAGGUAGAGUCAAAUAAAGUCAUGUUCAAUAAAUUUGAA